UAUAUUUCCAUAUAAAUAGAAGACGGUUUCAUUUGUGAGCUCCUCUGCGAGUUGUUCUCUCUCCCUAGGGUUUUCACACAUUCGGCGGUAGUGCUCCGUUUCGGAAAUGGCGAAGAGAACGAAGAAGGUUGGAAUCGUCGGCAAGUACGGUACUCGAUAUGGAGCGAGUAUCAGGAAGCAGAUCAAGAAGAUGGAAGUCAGCCAACACAGCAAGUACUUCUGUGAGUUCUGUGGCAAGUACGGAGUCAAGCGAAAGGCUGUUGGAAUUUGGGGAUGCAAGGAUUGCGGGAAGGUCAAGGCCGGUGGUGCUUACACCAUGAACACAGCUAGUGCCGUCACCGUUAGAAGCACAAUCAGGAGGUUGAGGGAGCAGAUCGAGGGUUAAAAAUCUAUUUGCUUUUUUUUUUCAUCAUAAUUUGGUUUCUCUGUUUUGUCAAUUGUGUUCUGCUUUUGAUUCAAGACUUGCUAUUUCAUUUAGACGUGAAUCAAUGUUUUAUUCGAGUUUUGAUUUGCUUUUCUGUUUAAUCGUUAGUUUAUCAUUCAUGUUAA